AUGCCGGAGCCCAGUGAAGCCAAAACAAGUGAGAUUAAUCACUACCUCCGUCCCCUUGUCAAGGAAUUGCAACUAUUAUAUCAUGAUGUAAUGAUAUCUACCGUCCAAUGUCCCCAAGAUAUUUGUGUUUAUGCUCCCCUGCCUCUUGUUGCCCAUGAUAUUCCUGCUGCCUGCAAGACCUGUGAGUUCACAUCUCACAUAUGCAACUGCAUAUUCACUCACCUGCCUAAUAACAGAGGCAUGAACUAUUCUGGAUCUUUAUUCUCCAGCUGGAUGAAAAAUGCAAGAAACAAGGCCAAGCAAAAAAGGAUGGAGAAAGCAAAUGGUGUCCGCUGGUUGGAGCUCUAUCAGCUUCCUUAUUUCAAUGCUGUUGAAUGCACCAUAAUCAAUUCUAUCCACAACCUCUUCCUUGGUAUGACUAAAAGAGUCAUAGAAAAGUGGAGAGUUGUUAAUCUUAUCACCAAGACGGACCUAGCCACCAUGCAAGACGAAGCAAACAUAUUAAAAGUUUCCAUUGGCUCCAUUUCCCUGAGAAAGAAAAUUGCAAAGGAUUUUCCUUUUAUGAAGGCCAACAAAUAG